AUGGCAUGCUCCCGUUGCCGCCAGUGCAUCGACAGCCUGAGACCAGACCUCACGCCUUCGACGGAGCUCAGUGACAGAGGCUCUGGUUGUCAGGCAGAUCUCUGCCCUUUCCGGAUUCAAGUCGAUGGCUUCUCCGGAAGUGGUCCUGUCAUGUUCAACUUGACCAUUCGCAACGGUGAUGCCGUGUGGCAAGUCAGGCGAAGGUUUCGACAGGUCAGGUCACUGCACCAAUCUUUGAGUCAGACUUAUCUUGCUCGUGGGUUGCCGCCGCCACCACCCCGGGCUACAGUACGGUCUGUUGUAUUCGGACAGAAUGACCGUGCUUUUCUUCAAGAGCGUUCUCGGAGGAUUCAACAGUACCUGCGCGAGCUGACAAGCGUGAUCCCAUACGUUGAACAAUGCGAAGCCCUGUAUCAGUUUCUGUGCUACCUCUACCUUCCCAGAUGGCGAGGGGACCGGGUCCUGGUUGGGGGCGGAGCACCGCCUGUCGAUCCCAACGUGGUGACGAAGCUUCCUAGAGCACUCCCUUUGGAGCCUGGCGAGGGUCAGGAAGUCCCAGAGAAGGCCGUCGUAUGCGUGGUUUGCCAGGAGGUAAUGGAUGCCAAGGAGACGGGCGGCAAUGAAGUGUCCGGAGCCGAGGUUCCACUACAAGUGCAUCUCAAAUUGGCUGACAAAGCGGAAUACUUGUUGCAUUUGCAAUGGCCCCGCCGUGUUGUCUGCACCCCAUUUCACAUAGGGCAUGGAUGCACUCAGGAAUCGGGGUCUGUCAGAUGUGCCAAGCAUAGCUGCAGAUUCUUUUGCCAGAGCUGCACCGAUCCAGCUCCAGCCGAAGGCUAUCGUGUCGGUUUUUCCAGGCGGGUGAAGAGAAGAUAUUUACGAACACAUCGCAAUUCUGUCUGUGCUACCGCAGCUGGCUUGCCUGCUUCACCCGUCUCGCACGAUACGUGUGUAGACAGGCAACCAGAGGUUGGUAGGCUCCGGGAACAUUUCCCGCCGUGGAAUCAGGUAGUGAGCCAGGUUGACUUCCGUGGCUGA